AUGUCACGAUUCUUUCAACAAGGCGAUAGUUCCAGCGAGAGUGAAUCGUCCGACGAGGAAGAGCUCUACUCUGAAGAUUCCGACAACGAAGAGCAAAAAGCAGAGUCCUCCGACGAGCAAGAUGACGACCAAGAAGACGACGACUCCGAUAGCAGCGACAGCGAGGAUGGGAAGAAAACCGGUGCUAAUAAAUUCUUGAAAAAUGAUUCAGAUUCAGAAAGCGAGAGCGGCAGCGACGAAGAACGGGUCAAGACUGUGAAGAGUGCGAAAGACAAACGACUCGAGGAGUUGGAGGCUUCCAUAAAGGCUAUCGAAAAUGGGCAGAAAAUCAAUGACUGGGGCUCAAUUUCGACAGAAUUUGAUAAGCUCAACAGACAGCAGCAGAAGCUGGCCGGUCCAACGCCGAAGAUCUAUGUUAAGGCUAUUACAGAAUUGGAGGAUUUCAUGAAUGAGACUAUUGCCAAGCAGAAAGUUUCCACCAAGAAAAUGAAUGCGACAAACGCACGAGGCUUAAACGCUGUUAAGCAACGCAUCAAGAAGAACAACAAAGAAUUCCAGAAGGAGAUCGAUGCGUACAACGCUGACAAGGAUGCUUUUAUGGAGUCUGACGAGGAGGAAGAGGUCGUUGUCGAGAAAAAGCCAAAGAGGCAAUCGGUCCCCUUGACUCGUGAGCCUAUAGACGAUGAGGGCUUCUCAACAGUUGGCCCAGGAGGCCGUACACUCCAGUUCACGCCAGAAAGUAUCCUCAAGCACCUGCGGACGAUUUUGGAAUCAAGAGGAAAGAAAAACACCGACAGAACCGAGCAGAUCAAGAUUAUGGAGAAGCUCUACGAAGUUGCCACAACCCCUUACCAGAAAGUCCGCGUACUUCUAACCCUUGUCUCCACUCGAUUCGACCUUACCACUGGUGUGCAAACAUUCAUGUCCCAGGAGCAGUGGAAAGCGGCGGAGAAAGAGUUUGGCACACUUCUCGAGGUCCUCGAAGCAAACCGAGAGUUGGUAGUAGUCGAGACUGCGGAAGAAUGGGAGGAUGACGACAAACCUCCAACCAUUACACCCGGUCAGACUUUUAAAAUCCCAGGAAGCAUUGUAUCAUAUGUAGAGAGAUUAGACGACGAACUCACUCGGUCACUUCAGCACAUUGAUCCUCAUACUGCAGAAUACAUUGACAGACUGUCUGACGAGGGCGUUCUUUAUAACAACAUAGUUCGCACUCUUCUAUACACCGAAUCUCUCCGCCAGGACGAGAGCCUUCAAGUCUCCCAAGACAGUCUCAAUCGGGUUGUUAUGCGUAGACUGGAGCAUGUGUACUUUAAGCCAGCUGCUGUAGUUAAGAUACUUGAGGAGAACUGCUGGAAAGCCAUUCCUGAUUCCUUGGAAUCUGCCAUCACCCCCCGUGGUAGCUCAUCUGAUGCCACUGCUCUCGUCAACAUUCUUUGCAACUACCUUUUCAUCAACAGCGAAGGCAUCAUCCGUGCCAGAGCUAUGCUUUGCCAGAUUUAUUUCCUUGCCCUACACGACAAUUACUACAAGGCACGUGACAUGAUGCUCAUGUCACAUUUACAAGAGACUAUCAACGCUUUCGACGUCCAUAGCCAGAUUCUUUUCAACAGAACUCUCGUUCAGGUCGGUCUCUGUGCCUUCCGUGCGGGUCUUGUCUACGAAGCACAAACAACACUACAGGAGAUUUGUGGUAGUGGACGGCAGAAGGAGUUACUGGCUCAAGGUGUUAUGAUCCAGCGAUAUAACCAGGUUUCACCAGAGCAGGAGCGCCUCGAACGCCAAAGACAGCUUCCAUUCCACAUGCACAUCAACCUCGAGCUAUUGGAGUGCGUUUAUCUCACCUGCAGCAUGUUGCUUGAGAUUCCACUUCUUGCACAAACAGGAUCGUCACCUGAUAUCAAGAAGAGGGUUAUCAGCAAGACAUACAGACGCAUGCUAGAGUACCAUGAACGCCAAAUCUUCACAGGUCCGCCGGAGAACACUCGAGAUCACGUCAUGCAAGCCUCAAAAGCUUUGGCUGCCGGCGAGUGGAAGAAGGCAACCGAGUUCAUCCACUCAAUUAAGAUAUGGGAGCUCAUGGCUAAACCAGAAGAGAUCAAGACCAUGCUCUCGGAACAGAUUCAAGAGGAAGGUCUUCGAACCUAUCUCUUCACCUAUGCUCCAUACUACGAUACUCUCUCCGUCUCCACUCUUUCUUCUAUGUUCGAGUUAUCUGACCGUAAGGUCGCCGCUAUUGUGAGCAAGAUGAUCAGCCAUGAAGAACUUGCUGCUGCUCUCGACCAAGUCAGCUCCUCCAUUAUCUUCCGCAAGGGUGUUGAGUUGAGCAGACUGCAAAGCUUGGCUCUUACGCUCUCCGACAAGGCCAGCGGCCUCAUCGAGUCUAACGAACGCACACUCGAAACCCGCACACAAGGAAUGGCCAACGCCUUCGAACGUCAAGGAGGACGAGGAGGACGUGGUGGCCGUGGAGGCGGUCGUGGUGGAGGUGGCCGAGGUGGCGGUCGUGGCGGUGGGUCUGGUGCACCAAGACAAGCUGGAGGCACUCAGUUUACUGGUGGUGCACUGGGUGCAGCUGUCCGCGCUUAG